AUGCAGGACGUCAGAAGUCGGUGUGAGGAGCUGCACCAGGAAGGGGGGACGUCAGAAGUCGGUGUGAGGAGCUACACCAGGAAGAGGGGACAGAUACAACCACAGGACGCCCUACACCACGGUCUGAAUGUAGAGAUACAACCACAGGACGCCCUACACCACGGUCUGAAUGUAGAGAUACAACCACAGGACGCCCUACACCAAGGGCUGAGUGUAGAGAUACAACCACAGGACGCCCUACACCACGGGCUGAGUGUAAAGAUACAACCACAGGACGCCCUUCACCACGGGCUGAAUGUAGACAUGCAACCACAGGACGUCCUACACCACGGGCUGAAUGACGCCCUAGACCACGGUCUGAAUGUAGAGAUACAACCACAGGACGCCCUACACCACGGGCUGAAUGUAGAGAUACAACCACAGGACGCCCUACACCACGGGCUGAAUGUAGAUAUACAACCACAGGACGCCCUACAUCACGGGCUGAAUGUAGAGAUACAACCACAGGACGCCCUUCACCACGGUCUGAAUGUAGAGAUACAACCACAGGACGCCCUACACCACGGGCUGAAUGUAGAGAUACAACCACAGGACGCCCUACACCACGGGCUGAAUGUAGAGAUACAACCACAGCACCCCCUACACCACGGGCUGAAUGUAGAGAUACAACCACAGGACGCCCUACACAACGGGCUGAAUGUAGAGAUACAACCACAGGACGCCCUACACCACGGGCUGAACGUAGAGAUACAACCACAGGACGCCCUACAUCACGGGCUGAAUGUAGAGAUACAACCACAGGACGCCCUACACCACGGUCUGAAUGUAGAGAUACAACCACAGGACGCCCUACACCACAGGCUGAAUGUAGAGAUACAACCACAGGACGCCCUACACCACGGGCUGAAUGUAGAGAUACAACCACAGGACGCCCUACACCACGGGCUGAAUGUAGAGAUACAACCACAAGACGCCCUACACCGCGGGCUGAAUGUAGAGAUACAACCAUAG